AUGUCGCGUAUGUCCAGCACCACAAGCACCACCAUCACCCACCGUGCCGAGUCUCCUAAUAAGGAUGUCGCGUAUAUCGAGCCAGCCCUUGAAGGACAGCACCUCGAACAGCGCCAGCAUCGCGUUGCCGAUGUUGUCGAAGUUGAAGCGUCGGGGGUUGGCCCUGAGGCGGGGGAGAUCAGCAGUAUGAGCAGCACCGACACCUGCAACAGCAGCAGUAUGAGCAGCACCGACACCUGCAACAGCAGCAGUAUGAGCAGCACCGACACCUGCAACAGCAGCAGUAUGAGCAGCACCGACACCUGCAACAGCAGCAGUAUGAGCAGCACCGACACCUGCAACAGCAGCAGUAUGAGCAGCACCGACACCUGCAACAGCAGCAGUAUGAGCAGCACCGACACCUGCAACAGCAGCAGUAUGAGCAGCACCGACACCUGCAACAGCAGCAGUAUGAGCAGCACCGACACCUGCAACAGCAGCAGUAUGAGCAGCACCGACACCUGCAACAGCAGCAGUAUGAGCAGCACCGACACCUGCAACAGCAGCAGUAUGAGCAGCACCGACACCUGCAACAGCAGCAGUAUGAGCAGCACCGACACCUGCAACAGCAGCAGUAUGAGCAGCACCGACACCUGCAACAGCAGCAGUAUGAGCAGCACCGACACCUGCAACAGCAGCAGUAUGAGCAGCACCGACACCUGCAACAGCAGCAGUAUGAGCAGCACCGACACCUGCAACAGCAGCAGUAUGAGCAGCACCGACACCUGCAACAGCAGCAGUAUGAGCAGCACCGACACCUGCAACAGCAGCAGUAUGAGCAGCACCGACACCUGCAACAGCAGCAGUAUGAGCAGCACCGACACCUGCAACAGCAGCAGUAUGAGCAGCACCGACACCUGCAACAGCAGCAGUAUGAGCAGCACCGACACCUGCAACAGCAGCAGUAUGAGCAGCACCGACACCUGCAACAGCAGCAGUAUGAGCAGCACCGACACCUGCAACAGCAGCAGUAUGAGCAGCACUGACACCUGCAACAGCAGCAGUAUGAGCAGCACAGACACCUGCAACAGCAGCAGUAUGAGCAGCACAAUGGCGCAACACUAA